AUGGAUAUGGACUCCGGCAUGUCCGGGGGCCCAGACCUCACAGAUGCGGGGCUGGAUAUGUCAAACUACACCGUAGCAUCCGACUUUUUAGCUGCGCUGUUGGAUGACUCUACUCUACAGUCAUCCGACUACGCUAUAGCUCGGGCAUUCUGGUAUGGGAUUGUUAUCGUGGUUGUCUUGGCGAGCAUCGCUCACUGGUCUCAAUGGGGUAUACUCAAGUUGCGGCUGCGUGCUGCGGCUACAAACCGAUCUCGACCAGCAAGCCCCUCAAAUCCAGUCACUUUGCUGUUGGCAAGUUGCACAGCGGUAGUUCGAGAGGUUUCCUAUCACCAAAUCACUUUCACGGUUCCAUGGCUUCGAAUCCCAACUAUCGGUUUCAUUGUAUUGAUCCUUGGAUACUUUUGUUACAUCAUGGGGCUUCAAUUCUAUAAUGUCGAAUAUCCCGGUGCACAGCAUUGGCAAGCGCAAGGCCUACGAGCAGGCUGGAUAACCAUCGCUCAAUUUCCUCUGGUUCUGCUUCUUGCUGGAAAGCGAAACUUAAUUGGAUAUGCCGUAGGAGUGUCUUACGAGCGACUACAGAUCCUGCAUCGUUGGGUCGCUAGAGUCAUGCUCCUAACCGCUACAAUCCAUGGUGGAGUUCAAACGUACGGGUGGCAUAAGUAUGGCGUAAUGAAACUCGAAUUUGACACAGAUAGCUGCAUCCCAACGGGAUUUUCUACUUGGAUAAUCUUGGUGUGGCUAGUGUUUUCUUCCACGGCGCCCAUUCGGAAUUGGCGAUAUGAAUUUUUCGUUGUACAACAUAUCAUUACCUUUGUCGGUCUCGUCGUUGCUGUAUUCUAUCACCUGCCGUCUACCGCUUUGAGCUCAAGAAUUUAUGCCUGGGCUGGUGUCGGUAUUUUCAUUCUCGACCGUCUACUGCGAACCAUUUUCUAUGCAUUUGUCAAUGUGAAGCCGGCAAGCGCCAUCAUCACUCAACUACCAGGGGAUGUCACAAAGGUUUGCAUCGCAUCCUCCCGAAUCAAGAACUGGAGCCCCGGGCAGCAUGUUUUUUUGUCAAUACCAAAGUUGGGAGUAGGACAGUCACAUCCAGCUACCAUUCUCUCAGUCCCUUCCUCCCAUAAUAAUGACCUUGUCUUUCUUCUGCGAGCCCAUCGCGGAUUUACUCGUCGAUUACUUGAUUCGGCAAAAUCCUCUUCAUCCGAUUUGUCUGGAGGCACCCAGCAAGACCCUCGGAAUAUGCAGAAAAUAGAACAGCAUAUCUCACUUGUCAGUGGGCCUUACGGUGGUUCGCACUCUGAUUUUGCGGCCUUUGACACUGUUCUCCUCAUUUCAGGGGCAACUGGCGUCACAUUCACUUUGCCAAUUCUUCUUGACAUUGCAUACAGGGUGACAAGUGGAAAACUUCCAGUCAGACGACUGGUAUUUGUUUGGGUUAUUCGACAUAUUUCCUGCAAAGAAUGGGUGGAGCAUGACUUACAGAGAGCGAGCGAGACGCUGCUGAAUGCAGGAAUUGAACUUGAAGUGCGUCUAUUUGUUACGUGUGAUGCUGAGCCAUCAGAACUUUUGGAGAAGAAAAUUGGUUGCAAGUGUACCAAUGCGGAAGGUCCUUGCUGUUGCAGUGGAAUCGGCUCAUCAAACCUUAAUGUGGCCCCUGAAAUAGCCGACGAGAAGGCAACCGAGACGACAAAGACCGUUUCAACAUCAGGCAAAAUUUCUCCCUAUAAGCAAAUCUUGGGGAGCCCGCCGGUACUCUACGACUUGCAAUCAGGUCGACCUCAACUGAAGCCGAUUAUCUGGGAUUUACUCGAUCAUGCCAGGGGUGAGACAGGUAUCGCAGUGUGUGGACCCCAUUCAUUAGUGAGCAACGUUAGAAAUGUAGUUGCCACUACUAGCGAACAGCGAGGCUCUUAUAAGGGAACUGGAGCCGAAGGUGUGUAUUUACAUGCUGAGAACUUUUCAUGGUGA